UAUGUUAGGAAUUUUUCAAUUUAAUUAAGGAACAGAAAGAUUGAUAACGGAGCUAUCUCAAGAUUAUGGAACCUAUUUAGUAGGUAUCAAGGUAACUUUAAUGCUAUUCAACGAUAUUCCAUCAGGAAGUAGCAUUUAAUUGAAUAUUAAUAACACUUACCAAGGUUCUAUUUAUAAUGAAGGCUCUUCAAUUAAAUAUCAUAAAUUAAAAUUAGCUUAAAAAGAAGUUCUAAAAAAUUAUUAGAAUUAUAAUUCAUGUCAUGCUUAUUAUUUAUAUAUGUUUGUAGAUAUUCCUUCAUAUCCCUUCACUUUGGGUAUUGUAGGAAAUUAUGGGUACAUUUAAUUAUAAAAAUUUAGUGAUGCUUCUGCAUCUUGGGCAUACGAGUAAAUUUAUGUCAGUUCGGGAUAUUGCCCACAAUUUUGUGAAUCAUGUGAAUUACCAUUUAUAUGCUAAACAUGCAAACCAUCUUAUUACAAAUACAAAGAUGGUUAAUGCUCGCGUUGCUUGAAUCCUCAUUAAAAGAUAAAUGGUUCUUAUUGUUAAGAGUUUGAUGAUGAAACCCCUUGUAUUAUUUUAAAUAUCCUUAGAUUCUAAAUAUUUAAUAUAAGAAUAUAAAGAUUUUACAAAUGACCCUAGUUAAUUUUCACAAUAUACUAUUAUCUCAUAAAAUGGAAAAAAUCUCAUGAAAGGAUCAGAUAUCUUAUAUUCAGUCUAUAACAAUAAAAGGAUUUUUGGAGGUUAACUAAUUUGGGCUUAAAUUAAAUUUUCUAGAGUUCAUUAAAUCCCUCAACCUCAUCAUGGCAUAACUAUUGGGUUUUAUAUACUAUUUGGACCAUCUUUUCCUGCAACCAGUCAAUUUAUCUAUACUAUUGGAUCAAAUGAUCCUGUAAUUAUAAAAAAGGGUUCUUCUUAAAUACAAAAAAUUUAAGAAAGUAUUAAACAUUCUGAAUAAUCAUUAAUUAUGCAAUGGGAAUGUUUUGGCUCACAAAAUGAACCUUAGCAAACCUAUUGUGGGUUUUAUGAUUAUUAUAUAGCAGUUCAUUAUUGUAAGCCUUAUUGCUUACAAUGUACUAACUAAAAUGAUUGCAAUUAGUGGGAUCCUGAUUACAAUCCAAACAUAGUUAAGUUUUCUUAAGCAGAAUGCAAUAAUAACUAAUAUUUUGAUUAGAAAUCUUUAUAAUGUUAUUCAUGUCCAGCAUCAUGUUUAACGUGUUCAUCUUAAUAUUACUGUUUAACAUGUUAAGAUUCGUUUAUUAAAUCUAAAUUAGGAUGCAUAUGUAAAAAAGAUUAAUAUGAAUAAUCUAAUUAUUGUUUUGAUUGCCCUAUUGAAUGUGAACAAUGUUCAAGUUUUUUAUGGUGUACAGAAUGCUCUUCUAGCCUUAAUCGUAUUUAUUCUAAUGGCUAUUGUAUUUGUAAAGUAGGCUAUACUUCUUACGAACCAGAUCCUUUUUGCUAUAAAUGUUCAACACUUAAUUGUCAUAUUUGUGAUAAAGUUGAUGGAUUUGAAUGCUUUUCUUGUAAGAAUGGUUAUCACUUAAUUGGAAACAAAUGUAUUUCUAUUUGUGGGGAUGGAAUAGUAGCAAAUGAUGAAUAAUGCGAUGAUGGGAACUUGGUUAAAGGAGAUGGUUGUCAUUUUUGUUUAUACGAUUGCGAAUACUCAUGCUCAUUUUGUGUUAAAGGAAAAUGUUUAAAAUGUUAGGAUGGCUACAUUUUAAUAUAAUCUAAAUGUUAUUCAAUUUGUGGGCUAAAUUAGGUUUUCAACUAAGGACAAUGCUAAAAUAGUAAAUUUUGUUUAUAUACUAGUAAUUAAUUCAUUGUUGAUAAAAAGCCUAAAAUCUUAUUAGAUUACAAAUUUUCUUGAACCUAAAAUAAAAAUAUAAAUACAAGAUGAAGUCUUAAGCAUUUAAUAAAAUAAAUCGAAAAUUUUUUACAUAACUUAAUCCAUUUCUCAUAUUACUUUCAAGAUUAAUUUUUAAUGCAGUUUAAACAAAAAUUUGCUCUCUUAUUUUUUACAUUGUUAUGAGUAAGACAUAAAAAAAACAUAUAAAUUUUAGCACAAUUGUUCGAAUUCUACUGAUUUAUAAAUAUAGUAUUAAAUUCGAUUUGAGAAAAAGUUAUUUAAGCAGGAAUAAUUAGUAAUUUCAGUAACCUAGACAGAUGUUCAAGUAGAUCAAGUAGUCUUCAAUUAGUCUUAUUAAUUUUUGAAUAUCAUAAAAAUUGAAUUAAAUUGA